AUGGAUGAUGAAUCUUAUUUCGAUCUUGAGGGUUUUAAUUUUUAUGGUGCCAAUCGAUAUUCAUUUCAAUCUAUUGAAAAUGUUCCAGGUGAUAUAAGAUUCAAGGAAAAAUCUAAAUUCGGGCCUAAACUAUCAAUGUGGAUCGCUAUUGGUCAACGAGGCUUAUGUUCCUCUUCUAUUCUUACAGGUGGUGAUAAAAAGACUCAGGUGGACAAUGCAAUCGUUUGGUUCAUCGUAAAAGGGUUAAAGCCCUUCAGUGUUGUAGAUGAACCAGCAUUUGUCCAACUAUUAAAAAGUUGCUGUAAACAUGUUAGUGUCCCCUCACGGAAAACAAUUACUAAUUUAACCAUGCAAAUUUAUCAGAGGAAAAAAGAUCUUGUUUCUACACAUUUGCAAACCAUCGAUUGGCUCUUGUUCACCUUUGUUGUAUGGACAGAUACUUAUAAUUCCCGAUCAUAUUUAGGCCUAACUUGCCACUACAUUGAUUCUUAUUGUGCAAAAAGUCUGUGUUUGAAAGUCAUCGCCUUGACCGAAGCCCACUCAGCAAAUUAUAUUGCAACAACGGUCAAGGAUAUCAUGCAAGAAUAUAAUAUUGACCAAGAAAAGUUGGUAACAAUGGUAACUGAUGGAGCGACAAACAUUGUUAGUGCUGCUAAACUGAUUACAUCUCACCCGUUAUGGUGCAUCGCACACAGGAUUAAUCUCAUUGUAAUCGAUUCUAUUAAAAAAACUCCAUGGUGGAGAAACUUUUGGACAGCGUGGGUGCAAUUGUGA